UGUUAUCGCUUAAAUAACACUUUGUAGUAUAUUGUUUUUGUACAUAUGUAUGAUGUAUAUGUACAUUGUGUGCAAGUUUUUUUGUGCUCUGUUUCUUCAAACAACUAUUUUUUUGUAAGAUUAUAAAAACAUAAAGGCCAGGAACUUACUCAGCUGUUUUUCAGUGGUUUUACUUAAUUUACUUCAAAAAUCCAUGGAAAAUGUUACUCACAGCAAUCAUACAAGUAAGUGCUUUGUCAUUCUUAUUCUACAGGAUAUAAAAACCUGUGUGUGUGUGUGUGUGUGUGCACAUACACGUAAGUGUGAUGCGAUGUGUGUGUGUGUUUUAUUGUGAGUGUUAUCUAUCAUUUUCUGGAAAGCCUUCCUUCUUCCCUUCUCUUUGUCCCGCCUGUUUGUCUGUGCUGGCCUGGAGAGAGGGAGGUUACUGUAUUACAGAAGGUGAGGAGGGAGGGAAAGAACUUUGUAUGAAGAGAGAGGAAGUCUCAAACUAACAGUCAUAGUUAACUUCUGUCCAGUUGUGAACAGAGUAGCUGCGCUACAGGACUAAAUAGGUGGGCUGGGUACUGGCCGACAAUUUUGGAGGGGAGAAGGAGCUGCAUCUUUCAGGAAAUAUAAAAGUUUGGUCUGAUGUAGAAUAAAGGAUUCUUUCCGUGCUGAUUUAUUCCACCAGAUUUUACACAGAGCAAGACUUCUAACUGUGAAAAGACUCAUUUUGGGUUCCUUGAAGGGGCAGAAGGAUGACUGAACCAGCAGUUAUAUCAAGGUCUCCUUCCAACGCAUCUUCACACAAACACGAGACAACACCCCCUAGUGAUGCAGAUGAUCAAGCAUGGGAUGCUAGUCCUGAAUGUUCCAUCUGCUUCACUUCAUAUGAUAACACCUUCAAAACUCCCAAGAUCCUGGAUUGUAAUCACACCUUCUGCCUGGAGUGUCUGUCCCGCUUCAUCACCGUAUCACCAGAAAAAGAAGGCACACAGAUCACCUGCCCGCUUUGCCGACAACCAACGCCUGUGCCUGAGAAUGGCCCACCAGCUCUGACCACCAGCCAGGAGGUGCUGGAUCAACUCCCCAGCCACCAACAGCAUGAAGAAAAAAUUUGGCUGGAAGGAAAGAAACUCUGCUACGCGAACCCUAUGACACCCAACUGCGUCUGCAUUGAUAUUGGAGGAAGUAAACAAGAGAUUGAGAACCAACAGGAAACAAGAGAGAGCUGUGGGAGCAGGCUGCUUCGGUUUCUGGGCUUUUAUGGAAACUGGAAGAGGCUGCUGAUUCUCACAGUGGUGCUCCUCAUAGUGUUUGCUGUGAUCCUCUGGCCCAUUCAGUGCAGCUUCAGUAGGGGAUUGAUGCGAGGCUGCUUCAGGAUGCAAACACAGAGCAUGAACGUCUUCUCUACAGUUUCAACCACCACUGUUGGGUGAAGAUUUCUCUCUCAAACAUUUUAGUCCAUCUACCACACAUGAUCAAACUAAAUGUGAAAACACCACCUAUUGGGACGACUGUGUGGGCCCUGCCUGCUAUCGCAAUCUGCAAAAAAAUGAUUAUUGUUUUUGAUCAAUGCAGAAUGCCUACUGAGACAUCUCAGAAACAUAGAGACAGAGGAAAUCAACAGUCGUGCGAGACUGAAGUGAAGUGAACUACUGUGUUCACUGUGUUAUGCCAAACCCCUUAAACACUAGUUUAAAUCUUCAGCUAUCAAUCCUAAUGCGGAAACCUUUGGGAAUUGUGAAGCCCCACAGAGUUUAACAGAAGGGCCUAUGACUCUGCUAAUAAUGAUCAUGGACUGGUGAUGCCACAUUGAGAUGCUUUGUGUUCCACCAGUGAUACACAUAUCACAGUUUGAGAAACACUGGUUAAUAUAAAUCUUCAAGUGAACCUUAAUGUGCUAUAUGGUAGCUUGGGUUUGGACCUGGACUCUUGUUUAAGGAUGUUCACAGACAGCACGCCCAUUUUCGAUAUUACAAAACCUUCUUUUGCCAAUAAGAAUCUCUUCGAUCUAAGCCAGACAGCAACACCUUGAGAUUUUUGUGUUGUAUAUUGACUGGAGAAAGUCCCACAUUUUAUAUUGUUGCUAAAAUGAACUGAGCCAUCUAACAAAUUGGAGCACACAAGCUACACUUAUAGAAAAGAAUGAAAUUAAAUUCUUGCUUUUCUUUUAAAAGCCUUUAUGACAAAAAAAUCAAUUUCACAGUUUUGUAAACUACAAAUUGUUUCCUUUUUUGGAAGUCACCAUAGUAAUGUUCAGAUUGUAUAUAUUUCUAUACAGAUUUUUGGACUAGAACAAUUGUACAGUAAAUGUAGCAAUGUUAUAAUGUACAAUAUAUUUUUUUAAAUAAAAAAAAACUUAAAAUGUACAUUUUGGUGAUUUUAAAGAAUGAA